AUGAAGAUGCUCCUGUCCCUGGGGCUGCUCUUUGCUGCCCUGUCCCUGGGGAGCUGCAUGCCCCUGCAGCAAACUGCGUCCAACCGCAGCAAGCUGCUCCUGGUGUCCUUCGAUGGCUUCCGCUGGAACUACGACCAGGACGUGGACACCCCCAACCUGGACGCCAUGGCUGCAGAGGGGGUGAAGGCCAAGUACAUGACCCCUGCCUUCGUCACCCUCACCAGCCCCUGCCACUUCACGCUGCUGACCGGGCGGUACCUGGAGAACCACGGCGUGAUCCACAACAUGUGGUUCGACACCAAAACUGGCGUGAGACUGCCCUACUACACCACACAAGGCAUAAGCAGCUGGUGGGACAACGGCAGCCUGCCCAUCUGGAUCACUGCCCAGAGACAGGGUUUGAAGACAGGCUCCAUCCACUUCCCUGGAACCAAGGCGAAAUACCAAAAGGAAGAAGUGUACAAGAAGUUGGUGGAACCUGCGUUGUUCAACUACAGCAACGAGACCAACUGGAGGCAGAGCAUCGACACCGUCAUGGAGUGGUUCACAGUGGACAACCUGGACUUCAUCACGCUCUACUUUGGGGAGCCAGACUCCUCAGGACACAAGUAUGGCCCUGAAUCCACACAGAGGAAAAACAUGAUCAAGCAGGUGGACAGAACUGUGGGUUACUUGAGGCAGCGCAUCCGGGAGAGCGGCCUGGAGUCCAACCUGAACCUCAUCAUCACGUCCGACCACGGCAUGGAGACCGUGGUGAAAACCGACGAGAUCUACCUCCGCAAGGUCACCAACUUCACCUUCAGGGACCUCGACUUCGAGCUCCUCGAUUAUGGACCAAGUGGGCUGCUGGUGCCCAAGGAAGGGAAACUGGAGCAAGUGUACUCAGCCCUGAAAAACGCCCACCCGAAGCUGCACGUUUACAAGAAGGAAGAGUUUCCCAAGAGGUUCCACUACGCCAACCACUCCCGGAUCACCCCACUUGUGCUGUACAGCGACCCAGGCUAUGUGAUCCACGGGAGGUACAAGGUGCAGUUCAACAAAGGAGAGCACGGCUUUGACAACGAGGCAAUGAACAUGAAAACCAUCUUCCGUGCCGUGGGGCCGGCCUUCAAGAAGGGGCUGGAGGUGGAGCCCUUCGAAAGCGUCAAUGUCUACGCCCUCCUCUGCGAGCUGCUGGGCAUCACCCCCGAGCCCCAUGACGGCUCCCUGGAGGCCACCAAGCCCAUGCUGAGGGAACCCACGGACGGUGACGGUGGCAACGGCAACGGCAAUGGCAAUGGCAAUGGUGAUGGCAACGACAAUGGCAAUGGCGACGGCAAUGGCAAUAACAAUGGCAGCAAUGGUGAGCAGCGGGUGUCAUGGGGGGCACUGGGAGGGCAGCAGGCACCGGCAGUGACAGUGGGCACCGGGAACAGCAACAGGAACCAGAAGUGGCAAUGGGCACCGGGGGGCGGCAAUGGGCACCGAGAGCGGCACCGGGAGCAGCACCGGGCACCGGGCGCGCUCCGCUCCGCCGGGAUUCCCGCGGGAACAGCGACACCUGGCGGCCGCCGCCACCCCCAGCGGCUCCGGGGCACCGGGCCGUGUCCCCCCAUCCCCGCCGCUCGGUAA